GAUACCACUUCCUGAGAAGAUUCAUCACUCUCUGGCAAGACAUUUCACCAUAUCUUGUGCAUUAAAAGGUUUCAAAAAGACAAUGACCUUUACUUCUGGUGCUGCUCCCACCACCAUGGGAUACCAACUAUAUUCUUUAUAUGAGGAUAACUAUGACGAUAGUCCCGAACCAUGCAUCAAAGACGAAGUGAGAAGAUUUAGUUCUUGGUUCCUUCCCACAUUUUAUUCGCUAGUGUUCCUCCUUGGUUUGGCAGGGAAUACCCUUGUCCUCUUGGUACUGUUCAAAUACAAGAGGUUGAGAACUAUGACUGACAUUUAUCUAUUCAAUCUUGCCCUCUCUGACUUGCUUUUUGUUUUUGCUCUUCCCUUUUGGUCUUAUUUUGUGGCCGAUGAAUGGGUGUUUGGAGAUGGCUUGUGUAAAGUAAUCUCUUGGAUCUACAGAAUCGGGUUUUACAGUGGGAUCUUUUUUAUCAUGCUCAUGAGCAUCGAUCGGUAUUUAGCUGUGGUUCAUGUGGUGUUUGCUUUGAAAGCAAGAACUGUAAGCUAUGGGACUCUUGCUAGUCUCAUUGUGUGGCUAGUAGCCAUCGCAGCGUCUUUUCCAGAGCUGAUAUUUAGCAAAUCUGUGAGCAAAUAUAACCAUACUGCAUGCAAGUCCAUAUACCAUAGCACAGAAUGGAAACUUUUUGUCUCUUUAGAAACCAACAUUUUGGGCCUCCUUAUGCCAUUCAUAGUCAUGUUAUUUUGCUACACACAGAUUGUUAAGAACUUAAUGCACUGCAGAAAUGAAAAGAAGAAGAAGGCUGUGAAGAUGAUCUUUGCUGUUAUGAUUGUAUUUUUUGUGUUCUGGAUCCCUUACAACAUUUUACUUCUCCUGCAAUAUUUUGUGGAUGUUGGCAUUAUUAGCGGUUGCAGUAUCAGCAAAAACCUGGACUAUGCAGAUCAAGUGACUCAGACGCUAGCCUUUUUUCACUGCUGUCUCAAUCCAGUUAUCUACUUCUUUAUGGGGCAAAAAUUCAAAAAGUAUAUCAAGCUUUUCUUUAAGAAUUGCAUCUUGACAAAAAGAUUAUGCAAACCUUGUGGGCUCCCUGAGACUAUUUAUUCUGAAUCCUCAAGUUCAUUCCGCACCCAGUCCACAAGUGAAGAAGAGGCACUCUGAAGAAUGUCUUGUGAGAGAAGGCCAAAGGAUUCCAAUUUAUACAAUGGAUCUGCGAUAGUACUUUGCUGCAGUCCAGAAGCUUCAGAGGUUAACAAAUACACAUGGUCUGCAACAAAAGCUUUGAGUAUGGAAAAGGAGAACAAAGCUUUUGGAUCUUAUCAGCACUGUGGUGAACUGAAAUAUCUGAUAUUU